AUUGUGAAAAUGUUACGAUGAGUUCUUACCAAAUAGGUGCAAAAACAGAAUUGCCAAUCAUAUAUUUACGAGAUCAAAAACCUAAUCUAUGGAAUAAAUUUACUGAAACAUGUUCAAAUAGUAUGAAGAGAUCAACUUUUAUGGGUCUUUUAAAAAAUUCUACAAAUCUUAAAUAUCAUGAUGAUCUUGGAGGAUUAUGUCAAAUAUUGUGGUGA